CGCGCUUAAACCCUGAAAACAUUUUGUCUCUGCAGAUGUUCUCUUUCUCUUUCUCUUCUUCUGCGUCUCUCUGUGAUCUUCAUCUACAUUCAAAGGGAUUGCCAUUCAGUUAACAACUUCAAUUUAUAUAGAAAAGAAACGAUCUUUUUUGACAUAGCUAUUGAAGUAUAACAGUAAAUAACAAAGCGAAAUGCUCGAAGCUGCAUAUAGAAACAGCUCAAUAGAGUGGAACCCAUCUCCAGUUAUAGCCUUAGCCACCAGCAUAGACGAGUCUCAAGUUGCUGCGGCUCGUGAUGACGGCUCGCUUGAGAUAUGGCUUGUUUCUCCUGGUUCCGUUGGUUGGCACUGUCAGCUGACUAUACAUGGGGACUCUAAUUCAAGAGUUUCUUCACUUGCCUGGUGUCUUGUUGGUUCCAAAGGGUUGGCCAGUGGAAGGUUGUUUUCGUCAAGUAUUGAUGGUUCAGUUUCUGAGUGGGAUCUUUUUAACUUGAAGCAGAAGACUGUCCUCGAGUCGAUUGGGGUGUCAAUUUGGCAGAUGGCUGUGGCACCGUCUAGUAAUAUGCCAAUUCAAAAGGAUCUUGAUACCAAAAAACUUAGAAAUGGGUUUUUAAAUGAUAAGCAGAAUGAGAUUGAUGAUUCUCAAUCCAGUGAAAGUGAAGAUGAUUCAGACUCGGAUGAACUUCAUGAGCAACCUGUUGUUGCAGAUCCACAUGUAGCAAUUGCUUGCGAUGAUGGUUGUGUGCGGAUAUAUACUAUUUCUGACGUAGAUGAGUUAAUAUACAAUAAAACGUUGCCCAGGGUCAGUGGGCGCAUUUUAAGUGUUACAUGGAGUUCUGAUUCAAGUAAGAUAUAUUCUGGGAGUAGUGAUGGAUUUAUAAGGUGCUGGGAUGCUAAAGUGGGUUAUGAGAUUUAUCGGAUUACAGUUGGGCUUGGUGGCUUGGGUAGCGGACCUGAACUGUGUGUAUGGUCUUUACUUGCCCUGAGAUGCGGGACCCUUGUUAGUGCAGAUAGUACUGGAAGUGUUCAGUUUUGGGACUCCCAUCAUGGGACACUAUUGCAGGCACAUUCUUCUCACAAGGGUGAUGUGAAUGCUUUGGCAGCUGCACCUAGUCAUAAUAGGGUGUUCUCUGCUGGAUCUGAUGGCCAGGUUAUUCUUUAUAAGCUUUCUACUGAGACAGUUGGAUCUAAUGAUGGCAUGUCUGUUAAAAAGAUGAAGAAAUGGGUGUAUGUUGGUUAUGUAAGGGCUCAUACACAUGAUGUUAGGGCAUUGACAGUGGCAGUACCAAUCAGUCGGGAAGAUCCAUUGCCUGAUGAGAAGGCAAAACGAAUUCGUAGCAGAAAGAAGCCCCUUGAUUUUAGUUAUCAUAAGUGGGCCCAUCAGGGGGUCCCCAUGCUUAUUUCUGCUGGUGAUGACACAAAGCUAUUUGCCUAUUCUGCCAAGGAAUUCACGAAGUUCUCUCCUCAUGAUAUCUGCCCUGCGCCACAGAGAGUGCCUGUUCAGUUGGUUCUGAAUACUGUAUUCAACCAGAUUUCUUUGCUUCUGGUUCAAAGCUCUCAUUGGUUAGAUAUUCUUUAUGUUCACACGAAAGGGGGAACCAUGCCAGAUACCAGUCCUGGUCCUUCAAGAGGCCAUGCAAAUACAAAUUUGCUAGCUCGAAUUAAAACUAAAGCGUCUCGGAAGAUCUUAUGCAGUGCCAUUUGUAAUUCAGGGAGGCUGUUUGCUUAUUCAGACCAUGUCAAACCCAAUCUUUUUGAGUUGAAGAAGCAUAGUGGCAAAACUGCAUGGACUGUUAAUAAAAAGCAACUUCCUCAGAAGUUGCCAUAUGCACAUUCCAUGGUUUUCAGUCCUGAUUCUUCUCAAUUGAUGAUAGCAGGGCAUGAUAGAAAAAUAUAUGUUGUGGAUGUGGGCAGCUUGGAAUUAGUACAUACCUUUACACCUCAGCAUGAACACUAUAAUGAGGAAUUACCAUCCAGAGAGACUCCCAUAACUAAAAUGUUUACCAGCUGUGAUGGGCAGUGGUUAGCUGCUAUUAAUUGCUUUGGAGAUAUAUACAUAUUUAAUACGGAGAGCCAAAGGCAACAUUGGUUUGUAUCAAGAUUGGACAGUGCCUCUGUCACGGCUGGUGGUUUUCCUCCUCAAAACAACAAUGUGCUUGUAAUCACCACCUCUUCAAAUCAUGUCUAUGCAUUUGACGUGGAAGCAAAGCAAUUGGGAGAAUGGUCUAUGCGAGAUACAAUAGUUCUGCCCAAGAGAUACCAAGAAUUUCCUGGAGAGGUUAUUGGGCUAUCAUUUUUACCUUCGUCAAGUCCACCUUCAGCUAUUAUUUAUAGUGCCAGGGUUAUGUGCUUGAUUAAUUUUGGGAUGCCUGUGGAUCGAGAAGAGGACAGUGAUAUAAUAAAUUGUCAGUUUUCUCCAUCGAAGAAGUUACAAAAUAAUCUUAUUAAUGGGAGAUUGAAACGUCGGUUGAAAGAAUGUGAAAUAGAUACUAAACAUCGAAAGACUUUUGAAUUUCUUGCUUUCCGGGAUCCUGUUUUAUUUAUUGGAAAUCUUUGUGAAAAUUCUAUCUUGAUCAUAGACAAACCAUGGAUGGAUGUCAUUAGAACUUUCGAAGCACCUCCUGUACACAGACAUAUAUAUGGGACAUAACUGCUACGUUGGUCGUUCUUCACAGCCUCAGAUGGAGAAUGCUGAUGUGGCAAUGGCCCACAAUUUUGACAUUAGAUUUAAGUUUUCUUAACAUAGAAUGGGGUUGGAGAGUUAAAGAGUGAUAUGAAGAUCCAAAGCAUGUUGUCAAUUGUAUUCCUAAAUGAAUCAAUUACCUGUUAAAGUUGCAAUUUUGUCUUGCAAUAUUCUCUUUUACCUUGUUCAAGUUCAUGUAUUUGAUCUGUAGUUGCAUCGCAGAUUCACUCGGGUGAUGCAGUGUAUGUUCCCUUCUCAUUUUUCAUUUGUCAAUUCUUGUUACUUAUAUCUGAAAUAACCAUAUUUCUAAAAAGUCAAUUUAGUUAGCA